AUGAGGCUCAUGCUGGCCGAACUAGCCGACAACUUCCAGGCUACUAUGAAAAAACAACUACAAAGCCUGGCAACAGAGUUAAGGAAAGAUGUUGCAGACAUAGGCCAGUGCACAGCCCAAAUAGAGCAGAAACUGGAUGACUGCACAGAUGCUCACAACUACCUGGCUGAAAAAGUGCAAGAAUACGAAACAAACCUAAAUAGCACUGAAACAGUGCUGCCGGCAGGCCUUGGUGACUACCUCCAAGAUAUGUUCCAAGCGCUCGCCCCAACAAUACACCCAGACCAGAUGGUAGUGGAUAGGAUGCACCGCCUCAGACGGCCGCAACACCUGCUGCCUUCCACAGAAAGGGAUGUCAUCGCACGCAUACACUUUUUCCACGUGAAAGAACAAAUCGUAGGAGUGAGCAGAACGGCAGGCAUGCCGGACCCGUAUGGACACAUCAAAAUUUUUGCUGACUUAUCAGCAGAAACAUUGCAGUACAGGAAAAAUCUGGCCCAGAUCACAGCCACCCUGCGAGAGAAGAACAUCGCCUACAGGUGGAGAUACCCGGCCAAACUACUGAUCCACCAUGAAGAAAAAAUGCACGUAAUACUUAACACAGAAAUGGGGCUCAUUAAACUCAAGGACUGGGGCAUACAAGUCACAGAGGAGAUGAAACAACACCGUCACAAAACUCCCAGAGUAACAAGAGACUGGUCAACCACCUGA